AUGCAGACUGGACCUGAGGAGGAGCAGAGACUGAGAGAAAUAUAAAGCUAGAUACAGAGAGAUAGAAUCACAUAGAUAUUAGACUUCACAGCGAAUAUGUGUGAAGCAUUUCACAAGUUCAUCAUGGGACUACGUGAGUUUAUAAAGGAGUAUUUUCUUAGUUUCUGGGACUAUGAGACACCUAAGGUGAUGGUGGUUAAGAACAGAACUCUUGGAGUCAUUUACAGGGGCGUUCAGUUUCUUGUGAUAACCUAUUUCAUCUGGUAUGUCUUUAUGAGUCAGAAAGCAUACCAGGAGAGUGAAACCCGCCCAGAGAGCUCAGUUUACACUCUCAUGAAAGGUACAGCAGUUCAUGGAGACAACAUCCUGGACACUGUGGAGUACGCUCGACCCUCAGAGGGUGGUGAUGUGAUUAGUACAAUAUUGAGACGAGAAGUCACGUAUGAUCAGAGGCAAGGGACCUGCGCCGAGUAUUUCAAAGUUGCCAGAGCCAACUGUACAACAGAUUCUGACUGCGUCCAGGGGGAGGUUGACUUUGAUGGCCAUGGCAGAAGGACCGGCAGAUGUGUUCCAUACUACAACCACACCUUCAAAACUUGUGAGAUCCAAACUUGGUGUCCUAUUGAGGAGUACGCUGUAGUACGUGAACCAGCAUUAGUGGAGGCCAUCAACUUUACAGUGUUCAUCAGGAACUCUAUCCACUUCCCCAAAUUCAAAGUGCUGAGGGGAAACAUCAAAGAUGCCUCAAAUAAGCGUGACAUGCAGAAAUACCUCAAUAAGUGUCAUUAUGAUGAGGAGAAAGAGCCCUACUGUCCAAACUUCCGCCUGGGCUACAUCGCACAUCAAGCCAGGGAGAAUUUCACGGAGCUCUGCAGGACUGGUGGUGUAAUAGGGGUUUUCAUUAACUGGGUGUGUAACCUGGACCUGGAUCCUUCACAUUGUAAACCUACAUAUUCCUUCCGUCGUCUUGAUCUCCGAAAGGAUCAGGCCAGUUCUGGGUACUAUUACAGAUUUGCCAAAUAUUACAGUAAGGAUGAGGUAGAGACACGGACACUGAUCAAGGCCUAUGGCAUCCGUCUGGAUGUCAUUGUUCACGGAAAUGCUGGUAAAUUCAGUCCCAUCCCAACCAUCAUCAGCACAGUGACUGCUAUGACUUCAGUCGGGAUUUGUACCAUUAUCUGUGACUGGAUCAUGCUGACAUUUAUUGACAAGAAUGAAGUCUACAGUGAUAGAAAGUUUGAUGAAGUUAUCAAGGAGCCCACAGUGCCCAUGCCCACAGAGCUCAGCUACAUCAGCAGCUACGGCUCAAACCAUUCAGACCUGUCAGACGGUGUACCACUCUGAUGUCGUCACAGUUGCCUCAGUCCUGACUGGCCAAGUGUGUUGACUCCCCUAAAUCCAACCGACUGUGGCAACAACAGCAACUCUGAGUGGUUUCUUAGGUUUCUGCAACAAGCUCAGCGAUGGACCACCCUGCUGUGCUGUUGUCGGGGGGAAUAUACUGACAGAGAACCUAGUGACAGAUGGCAUCUUCUGAAAGAGCUGCUGGUUCUCUCAAAGUCUCUGCUUGUGGAGUGGGCUCAGUUCAUUUAUCGCCUCAAGCCUUGAUGGACCUCCACUGUUUGAAAGUGGAAUGAAACCUGUUCGUCAGACGACAGUAACAACACUUAGAGGAUGCGUUUACUCACCAAAUAGUAUUUCAUAGCAGAAAAAUAUUUGAAUAUUUGAGUAGUCAUGAGAAACAGAUUUACAAACCAUACAAAUUAUGCCUAUGUAUUGCAGACAUUCAA